AUGAUUAAUUUACCCUGUAACGUGGCCUCGAUGUCACAGGUCACGCCCUGUCAGAACGUACCCGUGCAGACGAGUCAAUAUAAUUUUCCGACAUGUCAACAACGGCAAACUAAUACUCAGCAAAUGCAAACUGCAGCAUGCGGUCCAUGUUUCGGAGUUUCUCAAGGACCCUCCAGCCGCGUUUACCGGCCGGACACCUAUAUAGUAACACACCAAUGUACACCGGGUGGGCAACCAAUAACGAAUCCGUGCCAGCCCGUCUUCCAAAGCCCUUGCAACCCUUCGUCACCGCCGAGUUAUCCCAGCUGUACCCAGCUACCACUGAAUAUUUUGGAUCAGAUUCGUGCAUGCGUCAAUAACGCAACGCCCGUCUUCAUCCUGCCGGGCAACUGUCAGCAAUCGCCACCGGCACCUCAGCAGCAGCCGCAGCCGCCGCCGCAGCCGCCGUCCACGUUCACUCCGUCUCAGUCGAUGACGUCCCCGCCGACAACAGCGUAUCCACCGGGCGGAUUAACUUACCCGGCCGCCUGUUAUCCCCCGCCACCUUUUUACCCUUAUCCCAUACCGUUUCCUUUUUGCGAUCAGUUUACUCGCGCCAGGGAGGCGACGCCGAAUUGCGGUUGCUGUCGAAGAAGGGACGUUGACUCGCUCUCGGAGGCUAGACGCGUCGGUACUUGCAGUUACGACGCCGAUCAGGAUGAGCAUCAUUGCACGCCGACCACCGACGACACCAUCUGCUCGAGGAGGAACUGCCCGUCCUCGUUACACCUUCAGGCGUUGGCUUCCCAAUUCCUGUCGAUGCAGGGUAUCAUAGCAUGCGCCGCUACGCGACUGGUGCUGCGCAAAAUCCCCGGCUCGAACGUGACCACCACGAUGGAGGACACGAUGGCGAGAGCGCAGAAGACGAUAAACACCUUGACGAAGGAUCAGUUGCUGUCGGAGUCGAGGAACGCCCAGCAAGUGAACGCGUUGAUCAACCUGCACAUGACGGCCAAUCCGCCGGCCAACGUCAUACCGAUCCUCACACUGGUGCAGCUGAAGAUGAAUCUGCUGAAGGCGCAGGUCGAGGGUCUCGUCAACCGGAGACUGAUGGAGACUCAGGGAGUCGGGAUGGAGGUGGAGGCCGAGCCCAUCGAUCCUACGGUGCUCGCGCUGAGGUCCGACGCCGAGCUGCGGGACCUCCUGUCGGCGCUGCGGCAGAAGGAGUGUGACGAGCAGGUAAACGUGAAUUUCGCACCCUACCGUUCGCAGCGUGUGAUCGCGGAGAGUCGGCUGUGCAACGUGCAGAGCAAGCUACGUCAGGUGGAGGCCGAGUUCGAGCGCAGGCGGUGCGCGAUGCUGCCGGCGCCGACGUUGUCGGCGCGCAUCGUGCAGCAAUUCUCCGAUCUCCGCGACGCGGGGAGACUCGCCGAGUCGAAGAGGCUGUACAGCUCAUUGCCGCCGGAUCCGUCGCCCGAUCCGUUCAUCGCGAAACCACGAAGUCCCAAGCGGCUGUUGCUGAAGCCGUGCUCAACCAGCAAUCUCGCGACAACAACUGCCAGCCAGACUACGCUGACGAAAACUCAGGACACGCGCGUCGAAAAGAGUACAGGCGACGGUGGUGGAUCCGCGACGGAGCGAUCAACCGCCACGGAGAUCUCCGACAAGACCGGGUCGGAGGAGAACGUCGACGGAGCUAAAAAAAAACUCCGAGCGAGGAUAGCCGUCGGGAAGAUGGACGAGACGACGGUGGGACGUGAGAAGGUCGAGGGGGAAAUGCGGGAGGACGUGUCCUCGGCGAGACUGACGUCGGGCAGCCGCGUGAACGUCGUCAUCGCGCGAAAAGAACAGCGGGGAACUGUGUCGCACGAGGGAACUCCGUACCGCGAGGGUGACGUGAAACGCUGGGCGACCAAAGCCUACAUCAACGUCGGCUACGAGCCGGCGAGGACGUUAGUGGAAUCGGGGAGCAGCGAUACGAUUACCCUUAACGUUCGUAAGUCGUCAGAUGCGAUCGCCGGCCGAGUAACGGAUCGAGAGGGAUCCGGGAGAUCGGCGGAUCUGCGACGGUCUGAGAAACAAGCGGCAGUCGAAAUGACGAUUUCAGGAGAGGAAAUGGAAGAGGCUAUUGAGGAAGAAAACGUGGCGGCCGAGAGCACGCGAAGUUUCUCGCCGGUCGCGCAGGAAGAGGCGAAAGGUGCUGCUGAGGUCGUCGUGGACGAAGAUCGAAUUUUAAGCGCACCGGAAACAGAGCGAGCGUCACCGUCCGACGUGACGUACACCUCGUCGUUGCACAUUACACUGAAACGGAGGAAGAAAGGAGGCGAGGAUGAAAAGACGGAAGAAGGAUCGAAGGAUGAAAGCGGCCGCAGGUUUCAUAUUGUCUCGUUUCUCACGGACAUUGUGCACGACAGAAACCGUGAAUGUCAAAGGAAGCGAAAAAUCGAUGAGAAAACGGCAACAAAAAGAGAUCAUGCGAAGAAUGCAUUGCCAGAGGGAUCGGAUCUCCCGAAGCUCUGCGUCCUUGAUCGUCAACGCCAAAUAGCAGCCGACGCUCUCAAAGAGGAUAACGAGACGCCCAUCGCGUUAAGAGCGAACGCAUUCCCGCCGUUGAAGCGCGAAUCCAUGGCAGAUAGUAAAAAAAGCGGAAACGACGUGGGAGCUUGUCCGAAUCCCAUAACGAAUGCGGGAAUGGCGGCUACUGAAUGUUUAUUUCGCUGCAACGAUGUCAGGAAAGAUUCGUCGGGUACUUUUUACAAGGAUGAUGUGGAAUACGACAGCAGCUUUAUUUCAGAGAUAUUUUCUCUUAUCGGCAACCGUCUGGUCACCUUUAUCAAUAAAAUAAUCGCAUUGAACGGAAGGUUGCUCAGCUCGGAUGCGAUAUUACGUGACAAAGAAUACCGUGGAAGGAUACGUAAAAUCAAACGUUCGCUAAUCGAUGACAGAGAAGCCGACACGAGAUGUUUAUUGAUCAAUAGAUCAAAUUGCUCCCCACCACGUGAUUUCGGGCAGCUGUACGAGAUCCGGAGAAGCCUUCUGAUACGUAGUCGAUUAAAAAAAUCCGUAAAUUCGCAGAAUCAUCCGCAUCCUUUCUUUCUUCUUAAACAUGCCAGGAACGGUGUACUCGAAUCUUAUCGAGCAACGCAAAACGAAAAUACAGGAGCGAUCGAAGGGGAAACAUGCAAAUUGAGGGGUAGCGAAAAAUUCUGGGCAUUAUCGGAAGUUACGGAAACAAGUGAUAGGAACAAUACAAGCGGAAAGCAAGAAACGGAAGAAUGCGGUAACGAAUUCAUUAUGAUGAAUUUGAAACAGUUCAAUGAUUGCAAAAAACAAACUUCAAAUAAACAUUUGCACAAUGACAUUAAAAACAACGUGUUUACUAAACAGAGAUGUACAAACAGCGAACGCAGUGAUCUAUUCGUCGCUAUAGCUGUCUAA